AUGUGCGGGGAAAACAGCUCCAGCCUGACCCCGGGAUUCUUUAUCUUGAAUGGGAUUCCUGGGCUGGAAGCUGCACACACCUGGAUCUCCCUGCCAUUCUGCUUCAUGUACGUCAUCGCUGUCGUGGGGAACUGCGGGCUCAUCUACCUAAUCAGCCAUGAGGAUGCCCUGCACCGGCCCAUGUACUACUUCCUGGCCCUGCUCUCCUUCACAGAUGUCACCCUGUGCACCACCACUGUACCCAAUAUGCUGUGCAUAUUCUGGUUCAACCUCAAGGAGAUUGACUUUGAUGCCUGCCUGACUCAGAUGUUUUUCGUCCACAUGCUGACUGGGAUGGAGUCUGGGGUGCUCAUGCUCAUGGCCCUGGACCGCUAUGUGGCCAUCUGCUACCCCUUACGUUAUUCCAUCAUCCUCACCAACCCUGUCAUCGCCAAGACCAGUCUUGCCACCUUCCUGAGGGGUGUGCUGCUCAUUAUCCCAUUCACUUUCCUCACCAAGCGUCUGCCCUAUUGCCGGGGCAACUUCAUUCCCCAUACCUACUGUGAUCAUAUGUCUGUGGCCAAGGUGUCCUGUGGCAAUUUCAAGGUCAAUGCCAUCUAUGGUCUCUUGGCAGCCCUCCUAAUUGGGGGCUUUGAUAUGUUCUGUAUUUCUGUGUCUUACACUAUGAUCUUGCGGGCAGUGGUGAGUCUGUCAUCUGCAGAUGCCCAGAAGAAAGCCUUUGGUACCUGUACAUCCCACAUAUGUGCCAUUGUGAUCACAUAUGUUCCAGCCCUGUUCACCAUUUUUACUCAUCGUUUUGGGGGACAAAACAUUCCCCACCACGUUCAUAUCCUUAUUGCUAAUCUUUAUUUGAUGUUGCCUCCUACUCUGAACCCCAUUGUUUAUGGAGCCAAGACCAAGCAGAUCCAGGAAGGAGUGAUCAAGUUAUUUUUUAAAGAGAAAACUAUCUUAGUUAUGAAAUAG